ACUCAUGGCCUCCCAGAACAUGGACCCGGCGGCGACAGCAGCUUCCGCUUCAGCCGCACUGAAAGGCAGCGAGAGCGGCGGCAGCGCGACCAGAGGCUCCGUGUCCAAACGGUUGCAGCAGGAGCUGAUGACUCUCAUGAUGUCGGGCGAUAAGGGGAUCUCAGCGUUUCCAGAAUCUGAUAAUCUGUUUAAAUGGAUCGGAACCAUUGAUGGAGCGCAGGGAACGGUGUACGAGGGGCUUCGGUACCGCCUCUCUCUGGACUUCCCUUCGGGGUACCCGUACCAGGCUCCCCGGGUGAAGUUCGUCACUCCGUGUUUCCAUCCCAACGUAGACGACCAGGGCUUAAUCUGCCUGGACAUCCUGAAGGACAAGUGGUCCGCUCUGCUGGACGUCCGCUCUGUCCUCUUGUCCAUCCAGAGCCUGCUGGGAGAACCAAACAACGAGAGUCCCCUGAACACGGCCGCAGCAGAACUGUGGAACAACCAGGAGGCGUACAGAACUCACCUUCGUUCCACCUUCCAGAAGUGA